CUUCACUGCAAGCGGCGGCUGGGAACAGCCGGUCCCCGGGGAAUAUGCGGCGCGCUUGGAUCCUGCUCACCUUGGGCUUGGUGGCCUGCGUGUCGGCGGAGUCGCGGGCAGAGCUGACAUCCGAUAAAGACAUGUACCUUGACAACAGCUCCAUCGAAGAAGCUUCCGGAGUGUAUCCUAUUGAUGACGACGACUAUGCUUCUGCGUCAGGCUCGGGAGCUGGGGAGUAUGUACACUGCCAGCCAUCGGAAAAGUCUGGCUCUAAAAGGGGGCAAGAGGGCAGCAGCUUGCUCAGAUCAAGGGCUCAGACGAAGUCACCUGAAGAGAUUGAUAAGGAAAAAGUUCACCUCUCUGACUCAGAAAGGAAAAUGGAGCCUGCUGAAGAGGAUACAAACGUGUACACUGAGAAGCACUCAGACAAUCUGUUUAAACGAACAGAAGUCCUGGCAGCUGUCAUUGCUGGUGGAGUUAUUGGCUUUCUCUUUGCCAUCUUCCUCAUCCUGCUGCUGGUGUAUCGCAUGAGAAAGAAGGAUGAAGGAAGUUAUGACCUUGGAGAACGCAAGCCAUCCAGUGCUGCUUAUCAGAAGGCGCCUACUAAGGAGUUUUAUGCGUGAAAACUCGUCUUAGUGUCUCUAUUUAUGAGAUCACUGAACUUUUAAAAAUAAAGCUUUUGCAUAGAAUAAUGAAGAUCUCUGUUUUUUGGUUCUUUUUUUUUUCAUUAAAGGGCCAAAUGGCCCUUUAAUGAUAAAAGCCCAUUGUAUUUAAAACUUUCCAUGUAUUUCUUUAGAACAACAUAAAAUUAAAACUUAACAUCUGCAGUGUUCUGUGAAUAGCAGUGGCAAAAUAUAAAUGUUACAAAAACCCUCAAUGUUCAUGGAAUCGGUUUAAACUUUCAUGCGCAAAUAUGAAAAGAUUGUUUUUAUCCUGUGGUUCGAAGAUGAAAGCUGUUUAAUUUGUGUCAGCAUGUCUCCGAUUGACCUUACCAAGUUGGUCUUACUUUGUUAAUUUAUCUGUUUCCCUCUCCUCUGCUCUUCCCUCUUGUCCUCUUGAAAACAAAACAAAACUCUAUGCCUUUUGUAGCUGUUACGGUGCAAUUUGUCUUUGGAUAAUUCAGAUUAUGGUAAUUUAGUGUAUAUGUGAUUUUCAAAUAUGUAACUUUAACCUCCACUUUGUAUAAAUUUUUAAGUGUCAGACUAUCCAUUUUACACUUGCUUUGUUUUUCGUCACCUGUAGCUUCAGGCAGAUUUGCAAUAGCAAAUUAACAUGUAAAAUUGGAUUAUCACCACAAAACUGUUUAGUCCUAUCUAUCUAAUCAGAUCUUCUUUUGGGAGGAUUUGAUGUGAGUUACUGACAAGCCUCAGCAAACCCAAAGAUGCUAACAGUAUUUUGAGAAGUUGCUGCAGAUUCCUUUGGCCACUGUAUUUGUUAAUUUCUUGCAAUUUGAAGGUACGAGUAGGGGUUUAAGGAAAAAAAUCAGUUUUUGUUCUUAAAAAUGCAUUUAAGUUGUAAACGUCUUUUUAAGCCUUUGAAGUGCCUAUGAUUCUAUGUAACUCGUCGCAGACUGGUGUUAAUGAGUAUAUAUAACAGUUAAAAAAAGUUGGUAUUUUAUAAGCACAGACAAUUCUAAUGGUAACUUUUGUAGUCUUACGAAUAGACGUAAAUUGUAAUUUGGGAACAUAAAAACUACUGAAUAAAUCAUGUGGCCUAAUGUUGAAAAUGUCACUGUUAUAAAUUUUGUACAUUUUCGAUCAAAUGUAUCUCUCCCCUCUGCUAACGACUGUCUGCGCUCAAGGAUGAUGUGGGUUUGAUUUCUGAGUGUUCCACGGUGUCUGUAAAUCGAAACCAAAGAGCUCGUUGACGAGACUGUUUAUUACCAGAUCGGCUUCUGAACUGGCCAGAGGAAAUCUGAAUGUAUCACCCUGUGUGUGUUUGGAUGUAGAUGUUGGAAGGCUGCCAGGGAGGGGAUUGUGGAUUUUGCAACCUUUAUAGGAUAGCUGAUGGCAAUAUUGAGAUGGAGGCCUGCUUUUGCAAAUAACUUUCAGGAAUAUAAAUUCCAAAGAACGAAAGGGGGCUUUCCUGACAUCAGUAUCUAUGGCUUAGUCCUCCAGAUUGUUUUACGUUUCAGACUGUGCUCUCAGUCUCUCCUGAAGCUCAGUGGAAGAGCUGAUAGAUGGAAUACCAUCUUCCACACUGCAGAGGACGAGGAGGACAGGGAGGAUCUGUGCAUUGAAAGGAGAGCGUCUCUGCUUACAAACGAAAUUGCCAGGGAGCAGUGAUGCCUGAGGGUGAGGUGGAAAUAGCGAGGGUACCCUGUCUGGGGACAUCCUUCUAACCGAACAUUUCCUUUUUUCUCUUUGACCACUAAGUAUAAACUGUGAGCCGCCAAAGUAGGAAGAAGAUAGCACAGACAGCAACCUUUCCAACACACGAUUUACUCUUACUGAAGUCUGUCUACUUCAUUCAGAGAACAUUCCCUGGGAUUGCCACAUGACUCAUUAAAAAAAUUUUUUUUAUGCAUCACUUGGAACAGCGUUUACUUAAAUUUUUAAUGGCCUUAAUUCUCAGAUUUUUGUCCCGUCACUUAGAGCCAUCCAUCCAUUUUGGAGGGGUUACAAGGGAGUGGUGGUACCUUCUGAAACUGCACAACGUCCCUCAGGGACGGAGGUUAAGAAUGUAGGGGGUAUAGCUCUGACUGUGUGAAGCAUAGUGAAACUCAGUUCGUAGAAUAACAACUGCUUGGAAUAUCCAUGCCAGGAAAAGGAAAUUUCUGGCAAAUAUUUUGUCACUGCUGUAAAGCAAAAUAUUUGUUAAAGUGCCAAAAUAAAGUCUGUCAUGCUGAAAGUGAAAAA